ACGUUGGCGCCUGAAUAGUUUAUUUAUCGUUGUCGGCCGGCCAUGCCAUUGUGCUAUAAAUAAAGAGACUUAUGGCUCUCUUUUUUGCAAUCCAUUCCAUCUUUUCAAAGCUAUAUUUAUCUUUUGAAGAAAUUUUAUCACUAUUAAACCCUCCUAAUGGCUUCUAGUGCUACAUUAUCUUCUCGACGUGCUAAUGUUCGCAGUCGGCUGUCAGUGACGGUUUCCGAGCUUGAAAAACCCGAGCUUCCUUUGAAGUCAAUUCCCGGUGAUUAUGGACUUCCUUUCAUCGGUGCAAUCAAAGACCGGCUUGAUUAUUUCUACAACCAAGGUCGAGACGAAUUUUUCAAAUUCAAAAUCCAAAAAUACCAAUCGACUGUACUUCGAACAAACAUGCCACCAGGUCCAUUCAUUUCUUCCAACCCAAAAGUUGUCGCUUUACUUGACGGAAAGAGCUUUCCAAUUCUUUUCGACAUAUCGAAAGUUGAAAAGAAAGACCUUUUCACUGGCACUUACAUGUCUUCAACUUACCUCACCGGAGGGUAUCGAAUUUUAUCAUAUCUUGACCCAUCAGAACCCAAACAUGCCAAACUCAAACAACUUCUCUUUUUUCUCUUGAAAUCAAGUAGAGACCGAGUGUUGCCGGAGUUCAAAGCGUGUUACACCGAGUUAUUCAAAACGGUGGAAUAUGAACUCGCGGAGAAAGGUAAAUGUAGCUUCCAAACACCUAGUGAACAAGCUGCUUUUAAUUUCUUAGCUCGGGCUUUCUUUGACUCGAAUCCAGUUGAUUCUAAACUCGGAAGUGACGGUCCAAGUUUGGCUAACAAAUGGGUUUUGUUUCAACUCGGUCCGAUUUUCACCCUUGGUGUACCCAAAUAUAUAGAAGAUCUUUUACUCCAUACAUUUCCAUUACCAUCUUUUCUCGUUAAAAAAGAUUACAAAAAAUUAUACGAUUUCUUCUACGAAUCGGCCGGUUUAGUUCUUGAUGAAGCUGAAAAAAUGGGUAUUUCACGUGACGAAGCUUGUCAUAAUCUUGUAUUCGCUACGUGCUUUAAUUCUUUCGGCGGUAUUAAAGUGUUCUUCCCGAUUAUGCUUAAAUGGAUUGGUUUAGCCGGAGAAAACCUACACCUUUCAUUAGCAAAAGAGAUCAGGUCGGUCAUUAAAUCAAACGGCGGAGAACUAAGCUUGUCCGCAAUGGAACAAAUGCCAUUGAUGAAAUCCGUGGUGUAUGAAUCGUUUCGUAUCGACCCGCCAGUUCAGUUUCAAUACGGAAAGGCGAAGAAAGAUCUUUUGAUUGGAAGUCACCAUGCCGUAUACGAAGUGAAAGAAGGGGAGAUGUUGUUCGGAUACCAACCGUUUGCGACGAAGGAUCCGAACAUAUUUGACAGAGCCGAGGAGUUUGUACCCGACCGGUUCAUGGGUGUCGACGAGGAGAAGUUGUUGAAGUAUGUGCUUUGGUCUAAUGGACCGGAGACUGAGCAUCCUACGGUGGCGGAUAAACAAUGUGCCGGUAAAGAUUUCGUGAUGUUGGUGUCUAGGCUUUUUGUGGUGGAAUUUUUCAGACGUUACGAUACGUUUGAAGUCGAAGUCGGACCGGCACCGGUGGGGGUGGCCGUCACUAUAACGUCGUUGAAAGCUGCAAGCUUUUAGAGACGAUAAAACUUGUUAAUGCAAAUGCUAACAUUUAAGAUAUUAUUGUAAUUUCUUUUUAUCGUUCGUAUGAUAUUAUUGUAAUAUGUCAAAUCAUUUCUAACGUAGAUUUAUUAAAAGUCAAUAUUAUAACAUAA